UCAACGCACAGUUUCUGGAUAUACAGCAACGAGUCCUGCGCUCAGCUCAAAUAAUCAACCAAAAAUCUAUAUACGUAUAAAAAUAAAAAUUAAAAUGUUUAAAUAUUUCGUUUGUGUUGCUGCCCUCUUCUCGUUGACCUUCGUCUAUGCGGACAACAUCGAUAAAAAUGCCGAAAUACGUAGCUUUCAAAAUGCUGCAUCCGAUGCCGAGGGCAACUACCAGUUCUCCUAUGAGACAAGCAAUGGCAUUCAACAACAGGAGGCCGGCAGUUUGGACGGUGGUGUGCGCGGCUCACUGAAUUACGUAUCGCCCGAAGGUGAACGCAUCUCCUUGAGCUACACUGCCGAUGAGGAAGGCUUCCACCCGGCAGGUGAUCAUCUGCCAACGCCACCACCAAUACCAGCAUACGUGUUGCGUGCCUUAGAAUAUAUCCGUGCACAUCCACCACAACUAAAGGAAGAGCAAUAAACAAUGGCGGCGCCUACACACACACACACACACACACACAGCUUUAAAUGCAAUCAAACUGAAGCCACGAUUCACGAAACAAUGCUCUAUACGCGGAUUGGGUCACCACCGGCCAACCUACUGACAUGUCAAAGCUGAAGUGUUAAUUGACUCAUUUCAAUGAAUUUUUCUUGUUAUUACGUUUUGUUUUUGUUUUUUCAUUACUUGUUUUCGACGCAUAGUAAUUAGCUGUUAAUCUGUGCAUGCCUCAUUUUGUUUUCGCGCGUACAGUUUGACAUAUUGGCGCGCGCAUAGUCAUUAUUUGUAAUUAAUAGUUUUUGUUUAAUAAAUGAAGUGUUUAAAUUGAAAA